AUGUUUCUCAUUUUGUUGACGCUGUUGUUCUCAGCUCAUCUGGCUGAAUGUGUGCCAGAGAAGCCAAAGAGAUCAACUCUGAACCAGCUGACCCGGACCCUCCUCAGGAAAUAUGACUGCGGCGUUCGACCUGUUCACAACUGGACCAGUCCUACCACGGUCUACAUAGACCUCAUACUGCAGUCUGUGCUUGACGUGGAUGGAAAGACUCAGAGUAUAACUACAAGUAUUUGGUACAGACAGAUCUGGACAGAUGAGUUCCUGGUUUGGGACCCAGAGGAGUUUGAUGGCAUCAAUGAGAUCUCACUGUCAUCUGAUGCCAUCUGGAUACCUGACGUUAUCGUUACCGAAUUUGUGGAUGAGGGGAAGUCCCUACCCAUCCCCUAUGUGUACGUCAACUCCUCUGGCUCAGUGAAGAACUACCGGCCCAAACAGGUGGUACUGGCCUGCAGCCUGGAGAUGUACGCCUUUCCAUUUGACAAGCAGAACUGCAGCCUUACCUUCCGCAGCUGGCUUCACUCAGUGAAGGAAAUAGACCUGGCGCUGUGGAGGAGUGCAGAGGCCAUCGCUAAUGAUAAGAGGGAGUUCAUGAAUGACGGAGAAUGGGAACUGUUGUCCAUUCCUUCCAGCUACUGGCAGAUCCACCAAGACAACACUGACUAUGCCCACAUCCAGUUCAAUGUGUUGAUCCGCCGGCGCCCCCUGCUGUAUGUGGUGGGUCUCCUCAUCCCCAGCAUCUUCCUCAUGCUGGUGGAUGUGAUCAGCUUCUACCUGCCUCUGAACAGCGGUACACGCAUUGCCUUUAAGGUCAGCAUACUGCUGGGCUACACCGUCUUCAGAGUCAACCUGAUGGAUGACCUGCCCGCCACCGCAGUCAGAACGCCACUCAUAGGUGUGUUCUUCGCGGUGUGCAUGGCCAUGCUGAUGCUCAGCCUGAUCAAGUCUAUUCUGGUGGUGAAGCUGCUCCACCACAGUGAGAAGGAGGUCAGGCAAAUGUCAGUGUCUGCCUGCCUGCUGGACAAGUACGGCUCAGCUUGUCACGGCUUCACAGAGAGCGCUUUAACCUCCAUUAAGACCCUCGAUCACAUCAACCUGUCCGGAGAUUAUGAGCUUGAGCCCUCACUGGAGGAAGAUCUGCUGUCCCUGAAUGAGAUCCAGGAUGCUCCAUCUGGGCUGGAGUGGCUUCUCCAGGAGCUGGUUUCCCUCCGCUUGGCUUUAUCCCAGGAGGACAAUGAGUCUUCGGCUCAGGCUGAAUGGCUUGCCCUCUGCUCAAAGCUCGACUGUUUCCUGUUUCGCCUUUACCUCUUGGUUCUGGCCUCGUAUGCCGGUACGCUGCUGAUGCUCUGGGCCAGUUGGAGCUUUGCCUGACCGCCCGCUCAGAGACUUAGUGAUGUUCUUAUGUGAUGUUUACCAUAUCUACAGUGAUUCUGGAUUCAGUACUUUAUUCUCUUGGA